AUGCUUGUUGUUAUCCCCGCUGUAGGACCACUCCUCGCUGUGCUCUUCAACAUCAACAUGGACAGGCAUAGACACUCCUCACCUGUCCUUAUCGUUCUCGCCGUUGUAGGACCACUCCUCAUCGUUCUGCUUGGUGUUUACCUGUGCAUUGCACUACAAAUGCUCCCAUUGGCAAUAGUAUCUUAUGUUCAUGCUAUCAUCUGCAGAGUGGUGCCAGAGGUCCUUAGGGGGUUCUCUGGGACAAUGUUAAUGGAGCAGGUUCAGAGUCGAAUUGCAGUUGAUGCUACUGCACGUCAACUUCUUGCCGAGGCCACACUUGAAGCAGGUACCACAAAUCCAGACACUCACUAUUUUGGAGAUUUCAACAUCAAUAGCGACCAGGACAACAUGGAGGCAGAGGACGAGCAUGAGGAGGAAGGAGAUGAAGGGGAUUCAGAAGGCCACCCACGCUCCUACUUUCAAGCUCUGUGUGAUCAAUUUGCAAUUGUGUUUGAUGUGUAUCUCAACAUUUUACGACAAGUUCAAGAAAAGGUGAACAUAGCAUUGAAACGAGACAGUCCUGACUGGUGCAUACUCCAUGCGUGCCCUGCGUGUGAUUAUAAGCAAGAGAACAAGUCGAUUCUACUUCCUGGGAGGAUGGACAGUAUUGACGGUAACAACUCACUCAAACGGGUUGAUGGUUCUGGGCAUGCGGACAAGCGCAUCUUUAGAUCGUCGUAUUUGAUUCCUGCUUCCAAAGUUGAUGGAUUCAAGGAUGAUGUUCGACUCCGCCCAGGGACCCGAAGAGUCACAGAAAACCCUACUCCGGCUGAUGCUACAGAGUCCAUUUGCACCAAUAAUUGGAAGACAGCAAAUAUGAUUACCGACAACACCAUUAAAGUCUUCGAGCAAACCGGCAUAUUCACCAUUGUUGAGAUGCAGCGGAGUGGGGAGCUUGCAAAAUACACUCUUGCAACAACAAAUAGGAUUCUUGACGUUUAUGGGCCAAAUGGAGCAACAGGAUAUGAUAUUGGUUGUUCCUAUCAGGCAACCGUGAAUGCUAGCUCAAUCUCUGCUAAGGCAUGCUCCCAUCAACAUCAUGGUCUUGGUCUCAAGGACCUUGAGACGUGUGAGCGUGUCUUCUCAGGAUCGAACACUGUUGCUCCAGUUAUCCGCCAUGCCUCUUACUUUCAUUGGCUCCAGUUCAUUGAUCUGCAUUUUCGGCAGUGGGAUGCUGAUAGAUAUCUUGAGCUAAGUAAGGUAUUUCAAGUUCUCGAUAUUCAGGAAAAUUUUUUGGAGAACGUGGCAGAAGAAUCUGAUGAAGACAUCAAGGCUAUGGCUUACGUAGAGGCGUUGGAAUCGCUGACGAGAGCCCAGGCUGCAUAUGGUAGCAUCACAACGGUUCAAUUUUUAACGUAUACGCCAGCGGACUUCACACCUUCUCAUGGUCUACAAAAGGACCAACAAGUGUUUGCCAGAGCUCGAGAGGCGGAAUGGAAUGCAGCUUAUCGCAAGCUACUUGUUGAAAUGAACGCUUUUAUUCGGGUAAUUGAGCAAUUGCAGGGCCUUGUUGUCCAAAGGCUCUUUGAGUUGGCUAAGGCCAAUAUUGCAGGUACCGGUUACAAACUUCGCCAGCACAUUUCAAGUGCUAUCAGUCGCCGGUCAGCAGCUAUCUGCACAGUGCUUGAAAGGUACAACCGACUUGCCCCUGUGCAGACACCACCGCAUGAAAUGCUGGAAUUGAGCGAUAUUGCAUCUUAUGCUUGGCGGGAUUUUACGUCUCGUGAAGAGAUUCAGCAACUCAACAUUGAGGUGGGGCAACUUGCUGCUCGGGUUGACGAUGAAGACGCCCACCUACAGUCUACCUUCAAAUCAUUGCUGGAGUCAGACCCGGCACUCUCACAUGAAAUCCACUGGUUGAGAUGGGUGGAAAAGGAGAGGAUUGUUGAAGGGGAUGCGGCUGAAAUGAUGGCAGAUCUGAGGGGAGCAAGGAGCAUUGAGGCUGACAAGGAUGAUGAUCUAUGUGAUGAAAAACUACCUUCCAAGUUUUUUAAUGAAGAUAACCUACCUUGCGAGAUUUGUUGUUAUAACUUACCUUCCAAGUUUUGCUGCUCAUCCGACCUCGAUGUCUAUGUGCUUUGUGUUCCGAGACGAUACUAUGUCAUUCUCCCUCAAAAUAGAGGCGCAAAUCUCGCUCUCACACUGGGAUCAUCAGUCAAGAACUUUUCACCGGCCCUCCAUCACCCUAAAAUUGUCAAGGUCGAGGAACCUACAUGA